AUGCCAUGGGCCCGGUCCAGGCCUGAGGUUUCAGUGAGGGGAGCAACAGGCUGGCUGGUGACAAGGGGCAAAGGUUUCAGACAGAGAGAAAGGGAAAACAUCCAAAACAUCGAACAAGAAGAGUCAAAACAACAGAAGAAAGACAGGAAGUGAACGUGAGAGAGAGUCAGGAGGAGGACAGAAGAGAGCGGCUGAGAGUGAAGUGGAGGUUUGUCACCUUGGAACAGCUGGAGGAGAAACACUGAGGCUGAGAGGACAGGUAGGCUGGAUGAAUGUGGUUUCAGAAGGUCUGCUGAUACCAGGCAGGUGUCCACUCACAGAGUUGGUUAAAGGGGUCAGAUAGCAGCACCAAGAGGUUCUUCAGGUCUUCAUGUUGCUUGUGUCUUCAUCAGAGAACAUGUUUGAUUUCCAGAAUUAUUGCUUCAGUGUUUGGCAGCUCCAAGCAACUGAUAUCUGUGCAGAACAGUUUGUGUCUCAGUCUGCAGGCUGCUGACUGUGGAGAGCAUAACAAUAGCAUGCUGUUGGAGAGCAGGACACUUUUAGUAAGACAGCUGCCGCUUGUGUUUAUUCCAACAUGCCAGUUGUUGGUUACACACACUGGAGUAUUCACAGAGGUUUAUGGUAACAUUUGCAGUGUGACAUGUCACUAUGACACCCAGUUUAUGAGAGUGUUUUGUAAUGAGAGCUGGGUCAAAUAACACAGGGACAUUUCCAUAGCAUUUAUCUUAACCUGGGCGGGGCCUCCUGCACUGGACAAGACAAAAAUAAUGCAAAAAAUAUAUAUUCCUUUAAUAAGACACCUUCAGACUGCUUUAAUGAUCACUGUCUGGAUUAUAAGGAUGUAAAAAAGGCCAAAAGAAGCAGAGCUGUCAGAGCUGCAGGACGCACUCAUUUCUAAUAGCGCCUGUCUCAGUGUAACACUCCAGUGACAGCUGCAGUGUGAUGGUCACAGGAUCAGUUUGCCCCGCAAUUCCAGCUUCAGCAGCUUGGUAUGUGUGCCGGCCCAAAGUGGGUUCAGAGAUUUCUGCAGCCAAAACACACCCGGGUCACCAAUGCACGUUACAUAACACCAGCAACCAAGAACUGUUCAAGAGCCAACGGUGACGGAUAAAACUGUCUGAUAACUCUGAGGUUAUCUUCAUAGGGUCCUCCUUCAAAUCUGUUGUCAGCUUUAUCACACAUGUAAACAUACUUUCUGAUUUGUCUCCUCGAGGGUGAGAUCUUCACCACUUUAGCCGGGCUGGUUGGACUGAUGUCUCCUGUUGAUGAUUAGCUAUUGUCUCUGAGUGAUCCCUGACUAGGCUCCUGAUACUUCGGAGUCCAAAUUCAACUUUAAAUUGGGCUGCUGAUCAGUAAAGCUGUGCUGUUUGUCAAAAAUGCUGCCAUGAUGAAAACCAGUAGAGGAGUCUUUCAAUUUUUGCUUCAAAAAGAGAGAAUCUGAGGAGUUUGUUUUGACACAGAAACCUUGAGCAGAACGAAUCUUGUUGGACUGAUAUCUGCUGAGACUGCGCUGGGCUUAGAGAGAUGGACAGAGGCGGUUUUGAUGCUUGUGGUUGAAGCAGCUGGAGAGCAGGCAGGUCCAUAGCAGCAGUGACCCAGAGGAACCUAGAACAUGAUGGAGGUCAAUGUGCCAGAACCUGGCAGUCCACACCAUCUCACAGCAGAACUAAGAGCUGGCCCAGACCUGAACCUGAACCAGCUCUAACUAUAAGCUUCAUCAAAAAAAAGGUAGAGAGGGUGUCUGCGCCCCACACCUGGAUUGGUAGACUACCCAGACCACUUGCAGAGACUUGAGGUACAAUGAGCAGGCCUGCUGUUCUAGAGGAGUAAUAGGGAACUACGAGCUCUUGAAGAUGUUGUCUGACCAUGAGGACCUCUGUGGGUCAGAAUCGUCUUGCCGUCUCAGUGAAAGCAGUAGACCAGCGUACUCUUCCUCAGACUUCUUAAUCCUGUGGAAGAGCGGGUUAGCUUGAAGAGUCAUUUCUAUCGAAUAAACUCUCGUGACUGACUGAAAAAUAAAAGCCUCUUUCAUUUUCUGUCUUCAUGUUACAGACUUGAUCGUAUGUUAUUGCUAAAACAAGGAGUACCCUGUCCUGUACUGUUUGCAUUAUCUGAGGAGGAGGACACACUCGGACAUGUUUGUCCUCACAGUAGUUCAGGUUGUUUAUCUCUCAGCUGGAUCAUUUCAGAUGGAGAACAGUCACAAACUCUGAUCUUGUUCAUUCAGACCAUCAGGGACCACAGGUCUGAUGCUGCAGAUUCAGCCUCAGAGGGUCAGUCUCUUGUGCAAUCACAGUGACUGUCAGUUAUUUCAGGGAGAUGUGCGGCAAAAACAGCAGCAGGUGUAAUUUAUAUCCAUGAGAGUAAAUGACGCAGGAGGUGAAAUGAAGGAUGAUGAAGGCAGUUUCCUGGCGACAGAGUUUGGGUGGUGGUGGUUGUGGUUGUGGGUGGGGUUAAUUUUAGACCAGGAAGUGGGGUCAGGAGUGGAUCUGGCAGUUCAGCAGGAGACCUCAUGAGGAAACUCUGCUUGACGUACACACUUGGGUGAACUUCCUCCACGUUCAGACGGAGCUGAGAGGAGAUUUGAGGAAGGAAGGCUGGUGGUAAACAGACGUCUGAGCCGAGGAGGACUUCAUGUUGAAUCUUUGAGAUGCUGAUCUGAUUCAAAACCAAGAAAUACACCAAGAGACAGUGUGAGGCCAACCUUUAAACCAGCAGAUUUCUCAUUCCCAUUUCUCACACAUGAUAAGUGUAUCUGUCAAAUGUAUCUCUGUUUCCUGUUUACACGGAGGCAUUUCCUGUUCAGGAGCUAACGCCUGUGGGUGUGUCUUGUUUUGUCCAUCUGAUGUCUCCGCUGAUCAGGAGACACGCUGAGAUUAUCUGUCUGAUCUUUAGGGUUUGGACAGUCUCUCAUCGGGUGGAAGUUUAGUCCAAAGGAGCUCACAACAGAAAGACGUUCGGGUCAGACGGUCACAGGAAUGAAGCUGGAUGGUGUUGUAGAUCCACAUCUCCUGCUUUGUCCAUGAAGUUUUUAUUACUGUAGGUCAUUCAUAUUUCUUCAUUUUCUUUAAAAUCAUUCCAUAAGAGGCGACUGGAGGCUAAGAGCGACAGAAACUGCUGUUUGCUAAAGUUUACUGUCACUGCUGUCCAGAAUAGAAAGUCUUCCUGUCCUCUGGUCUUGUGAUUGUCCUAAAUUUAGAUCCAAUAAGUUUUGUGUUAUGUCCUCGAGCUCUGCCACCAAUUGUGAAAAAGUGUUUAGGUAUUUCCUCCAUGUGCUCUCUCUUAUGUAAGUACGUGAGGAGAAAACCUAUUUUUGUCGAUAUCUGGCCUCUGCUGAUAAAACCUGGGCUCACAAAUAAAUCACACGCACACAUCCUCAGCUGUCGCUCAUGUGCUGAAUCACUGCUGCAACGUCUUACGUCAAGAAAUGUUAUCAGCUCUCCGAAGGACAGAUAGCAGGUUGUUUUCUUUGGGCGGAUACCUGAUGCUCGAGUCCUGCCAUUACUGAGCCAACUAUAACAUCAUUAACUCGUCCAUCUCUGAAAGGCUCCAAGCCUCCGAGCGGGAUCAGAGCUGCAGGUUUUCUGUUUCAUGAAGGUGCUGCAGGAAGUCAAAGCAGGACAACAAAAACUGCACCUGAAAAGCUCUGACUGAUCCAAACAACCUUCUGAUUGGUUUAAGUUGUCCUCAGAAGUUCUUGCAGUUGUUCAUGUUAUGAUGAAGCAGUGUGUUGAUGAAAAAUUGGACGAAGAGUGUGACCAACACAAACUUACUUUGGUUUCUCCCAAAAGUGAUGUCUGACUCUGACUCAGGUAGACUGGCUGUCCCUAACUUUGACUCUCUGUGUUUCGGUGCUGAGCAGGUUCUUACUUUAGAUUUCUUCUUGUCUAGAAAGUGUUUCCUCUCGGAGACAAAAACGGACACAAGAGCAGAGAGAGUGAACUGAAACACUUGAAAUCUCAUUCAGCUCAACCAUCAGGUAAAAUCCACUGAGGAGAGCUGAAGGUCAUAACCCUGAAUAGGUUUAUUACUGCAGCUGAUUGUCACAUGAAGGUGUUUUCUCACAUCAUACUGUAAUUAUAAUUCAAGCAUUUCAGCUUUGCACACCUCUGAAUGCAAACUCGACCCUGUGCUGGAGUGUCUCUGCAGGACUGAACAAAGACAUUUGAAGAUUUCUCUGGGUUGGCGUGGCUUCGACACUCAGCAGUACGUGUCGUGUCUACGGUUGCUGCAUCGCCAGUUUCCUGUCCCAGCAUGAUCAACUUCUGCAGACUACAACUAUUGCGAAGGAGAUGAGAGACAGUGGAGACAAGGGGCAGAGGUUGGAGAUGGCAGUAAUGCUAAAAACGUCUGCAGCCAAGCUGACCAGUCUCAGGGCUUAGGGUCCGUACUGUUUUUUUUUUUUAACAUAACCACUUCAAAUUGUUGGUAAUCUCAGGGGGAAUAAAAACCAGAUUAGCUGGAGGUCUGGAGGUUUUAUCACUUCCUUUAACACUCUCUACAGCUUUGUGUUCAGACUCAACAGAUGUAGUUUUCUGCAGGAACCGUUUGUCGGAUGUUGGACGGGUCAUCGGCGUGAAUACAGAGUUACUGCAGCCCGGUGUGGGAAUAUAAAUGAGCUUAAUUCCUCCUCCCAGAAUGAUGAAACUUAAAACUCGCACAGAAAGUGAAGAGGCGUGACUCAUGUUGUUAUGACUGAACUGUUUUCACCAAAUGUGCUGAAGUUGAAAGUUGCUGUCAGGCGGUGUUAGAGUUUCAUUUUCUACUUUAAGCCCUCUCCAACAAACCCGCCUGCAUUUUUCACUCCAGACGUCUUAAUCCGGCUGCAGUUAGACAAACUGACAGAGAGAGCCUCUUUAGGUUUGCUCUCUGAUCUUCAAACGCACAGCUCAUCCUGAGAGCAGCCAGACAGCAAAAAAAACGGCAUGUUAGAAUAACUGUCUGCCUCUUACCCACGACAUUAGGGAGAAUUUCAAGUUUCUGUACUAGCUGGAAAAACAAUCACCAACUGUAAUUUAAAGAUGGAAGCUGCAAAAACAAAUACCAUCUUUAAGGUCCUUAUCACUCGUUUUUGUCCGAUCGAGAGCGUGACACUACGACAUACUGCCGUAUUUUCACAGACGCCAAGCAAGAUACUGAAACAGUUGCACUCUGCGCUGACAGAUAGUUGACUUUGCUUUUACACCCACAGCCCUCUAAGAAGCAAACCAAGACCCCUGUUUUUAUGCAGACCAGUCCACUUUAGGGUCCACAUCUGAUCUUACCUGAGCUUUCACACUAAUCCAGUUUGAUCUCCUUUGAGGAAGUCACCAUCAGUCCAACACUGCAUUGGAGGGAAAUAGUAGAAAUACAGAGCAGCACUAACCUGUGAGUGCGAGGAUUAAGUCCCACUGUUACAUAACCUGCUGAUUAUAAUACUGCAUUUACAUCAAACAGGUGACAGCCUUCAGCAGGUGUUAUAAAGUCAAAGUGAACGAGUCAGUCUGAGGUAAUCCAAGACUCACUUUUAUCUCAAACUGCAGAAUAAACAUCGAAGGAUUUAUCAUUUACAGUAAGAGUAAAUGAGGUACAGUUAAGUGAGGUCUUGACCCGGGUCCCUCCUCUUCACCUCUUUGUACCUGUCUUUGGAGAAGGCUGGGGGUCCGUGCGGAGGGGAGCAGUUAUUAGGCAUGUUGAGGCAUGCAGAUGUGUGAGCGUGAGCUAUAAAAAGAAAGGACUGCAUGGCAUUUCAAAUCUUCACCACCUCCUCCUCCUCCUCCUCUCAUUCCUCCACCCCAUCCAGGGAGUGCCACCUUCGCCACCUGCUGCAGUCCAUCACCCAGAGAGCUGCAGUUUAAAGCUGCAGUCAAGAGCAAACCUAUACAAGUCUAUCUAGAGAGCAAAAUCAUGUUUCUCAGCUAAACUUACUUUCAUUUUACUCUAUGGUUAAUAAAUUAGGCGUCAGAGGAAUUUGAAAAACAUCUCGUAGACUGAAAACGUACUUUCAUAACUAACCUGAUAACCUCUGUGGGGAUCCAAAAAUGUACAUCUUGCACAUUACAGACCCAGCUGUGUGUGCUGUAUAUUAAUGAGCACAGCAGAAACAUCUCAUUAGUGUUCUGACUGUCAGCAUCGGGCCUUUGGUGCAGCAGUGAAGCGAUUGCACCUGUUGUUGCUGCUGAUACAAUGUCAGUCACUCAGCACAGAAAUAAUAGCAGCAAGGCCGAGACCUCAACACGACAAGCUGGACAACUCAGUUUGACUAGUAUGUGGCUGAAAGGGGAUAGCAGGAUUAUCUGUGUGUGUGAUGUGCACAAUUCAGCGUUAGAGGAAAAACUCGUACAUGCAUUUUUACCUUUGGUUAUGUCAGUCUGGACGGUCCUUAUUUAUCGUACACUGGAAUCCUUGAAAACUCUCAGUCCAGCACCUCUCAGCCACUGCCUGAAACAUUUCCUCUGGCUGUUUUUCUGCAGACAUUAAGUUAAGCUGUGGGUGUUACUUUUUACACGCCACAUUAAAGCCCAUCAGUGAAGCUGCGCGCUCAAAAAAGUGCUAAAAAGCAGAAAAAGAUGUGAAGGAAAACUUAGACAAAGCACCUGAGAGGGUGUAACCCUGACGGAGCUGCUGAGUGGGCGUGUGCUUCAACAAGUCUUGAACAACACGGUAGAACCUGGCUUCAGGUCCAGGCCAAGUCUCAUGAAGCUUACAAACACGCCUUUCAGAAAGGCGGGAAAAAACUUUCAAGACGACAACAACAUCCGACAAGAUGGUGCUUUAGUGGUUCAGUGUGGACCUCCAUCUUUAAAACACUGUACAGGACUUGACAGUGCAACCGUUUCACUCACAUUUGUGAAAAAAAAUAGAUGUGUGUGAAUUGUAAAAUAUAUUUAGGGGCACAUGUGCGCAUAAAAAAAUCAGCCAAAGCAACAAAUGUUUUUUCCAGUUAAUAUAUCGCGGUGAAGUUAGUUUUAGGUUGGAUAUAUUUUCCUGUAAAUACGGCGGUGAAGUUAGUUUCAGGUUGGAUAUAUUUUCCUGUAAAUACAGCAGUGAAGUUAGUUUUAGGUUGGAUAUCUGACGGACAUUCUCUGAGGAUCUACCGGUGUCUUCUCACUCUCCAUAACCGGGAAUAACAACAGCAGCGCGGUUAAAUCUACUCGACACCCUCACUGUCAACGUCGGUGUUGAAUAAGGGACCGUCAAUAAAUUACCAGUUGAUGUUCUCAGAAAAGGCUGUUUUCCUUCAAUAGCUUCACUGUCAUGUGACCAAAAGACCUAAAAUUGAUUUCUAAUAAUAGUACUAAGGUCGGACAAUAAGACAUUAUUUGAUUAAUUUUCAUUGUGCCCCUGAAGUUAUUUGUGUACUCCUUACUUUUUCAACUUCGGAGCAUGUCCUCCUUGUGAAAAACAGUAAGUGUCAAGCCCCGCUGUAUGUAUUAAAAGAUGGUUUAACAUAACAGGUGUCCUCUGAGUAAGAGUAAGAUCAUUUUACAUACACUAUUAUGAGACCAAGUGUCGUAUAAUAAAAUGAAAUUAAAGUCUCAGUACGGGGCUCACAUUAUUCCAAUAGCUGAUAAACCUCAUUAUGUCUGCAGGAGCAGAGAAUCAGUGAUGGACGAGGAGUUCAUGAUGGAUUUCAUGUCUCUGCUCUUCUCAUCGGUGUUAUCACGUUUUAUGCUGAGAGUUCAUCUUCCUCAAACUCGUCUUCUUGCGUUAAAGCUCCUCUCCGCUCCGGUGUGACUGAUACACUGACGGCUCAGCUGCACUGAAUGUCUGUUAUGCGUUCCUGUGACCUCCAAGAUACCAGAUAUCUCCAUCCCACCCAAACAGGCACGACAUCCACGCAGACACUCUACACCUAUACACACACACACACACUCAUGGGCUUUCUCUCUUGUACAGACACAAAUACACACUCACAUAGCUGAGGCGAGGCAGUUAAAAAAGCGAUCACAUGAAGGAAGGACUGUAAGGAAUGAGAUUGCUGGGGGCCACAGAUACAAGAGGGCCAAGGGGCUCCUGAACCAGCACAGAUAAUCGGCUGAUGGUGAACUGAGCAGGACCUGAGCUUUAACCAUUCAGAGAGCAUGUGCAAGAGGAAGGAAGCCUUUAAUAGACUUGGUCACCGCAGUAAAACAGCCUCAGUUUGGUUUAAAAGAAAAGGUCAUGACCUCUGACGGCCUCCGGAGUUCAGUGGUUUCUGUGUCUUUGCCUCAUGCAGAGGACUCAGUUUAGGAGCGGUGGAGCCGCCUACAAAAUAAGAAAUGCCACAGACCUCCAGUUCCUCUCCUGAUAGUUGACAGUCCUCUGUUUCCAGAUUGUUGUUUGGAUCGCAAGUCAUUUCAAGUCCUCAUUUACAACCACAACGUGGCCCAGGGUUAGAAAGUCCCGCUCAUGUCACCUGUCUGUGUAAGAUCACUGUGGCCGGACCAGUUCAUGUGGGUCACUGGAGAGUUUUAAAGCACUGCAGACGAUAUGUUUUCAGUUCCUGCAGGUUUCUUUCUGGUUUCGUCCCUUGUGUGAAAACAGUCGGCAAACUCCCGUGUAAGUGGACAUGAAACUGUCAAGAAAGCAUGUGAACCCUGAUUAGUAGUCCUUGUUCAUUAUACCUCUCCUGACCUUUCAUUUGGUCACCCUGAGGCCUCAACGAGAAAACUUGGAGUGUAACUACAGCACAUACUCAAACCUCACCUGCACAGGUCUGAAACGAACACCUGAUGCCACUUUCUCUGAGGAAUGCAGCUCAUUCACUGUCAGCCUGCAGUUAGGCGGCCCUUCAUGAGCAAUAAAACAUCUUUAAUUUCUGUUUCUGGCUCAUAAAUGUUCAUAUCUAAUAUUUCACAGCACAUGUAAUUAUGACCCCACAGCUAAAUGUCUGCUCCAGAUUUGUGGUCUGUUCUAGAGCGAUAAACAUCUGGGUUUCAUAGUUUUGAAACAGGUUUUGUACUCUGACAGUAAAGACAAAGAAAAUGGAGGCACGACUAUGAAAAAAACUGAACAGUGUUCACCUUGGAAAGAAAAUUUCCCUGUGCCUCAGUUUUUGUUCACUGUGAAACAAACAGGUAUUAUACAGAUCUUUCAGUUCCACUGAACACUGGUUGGACUUUUUUCAUUCACAUGACAUUUAAAAUAAUUUCUCUGGUCUAAGUAUCAGAUCAACAUCCUAACUUUAUUUUGGUGCAAAGUUUCAUACAGAAAAAAGGAAAUACAAAAUUUGAUGCAUUUUAUUGUAUUCAAAUAAAUCAGUACUCAGUUAUUUUUUUCUAAAUGAAGUAAACUGUUUUUGUUCUUUUCAGACUCUGACAGAGACCAAGAGGACAGCCAUGUUUUCAGCCAGACCAGAGAUUCAGCCGUGAGUGAGCACACACCUCCCUGUCCUCAUGGAGAGUCAUUAAACAUGAACACACACACAGACCAGACUGGACCAGACCAAACCAAACCAAACCAGAUUAGAUCAGACCAGGUCAAACCAAACCAGGCCAAUGCAAAUCAGACCAGACCAGACCAAAGCAGGGCCCAUUUGAGUAUGUGCAUGCAUCUCACCUUUUGUGCACACAGCAGCCAUCUGUUUCUGGGCUGAAAUAACACACCCAGGGUGACCUAACAAGCAGGGGCGUGUCUAGACCUUCUUGAUCGGGUUGCCCAAACCUCACUGCUGGGGUGGCCCUGAGUAUGUGAGCACACACACCAAUAAACAGCAUUAAUUAUUGGAACUGUAUCAUAACAACAGACCCUUGGUUCAGAGUUUCUACCUCAUGUCUCUGAAAGAGUAAAAAUCCAAAUAAGAGGACGUUUGAUUUUUUUCUGCAAUGAUUUUUGGAGCGUUGACGGGUAGAGUCGACUUCAACCUUGUAGCUGAACCACUCUGAUGGUGCAAGACGAGUCAAGAGGAGUGUGUUUGGUGGAGGAGUAGAGCACUUUAUCCUUUUGUGCGUUUCUGAGAGACUCUGUGAGCAGUGAGUGUAAAGUCAGCUCACGUGCACUCAGUGAUGAAAUCAAUAGAAGGACUCAUUACAGGCCUUUUCCCUUUUUACUUGUAACAUCCAGUUUAUUGAUGUGAAGAAACUUUCCUGCUAAUGAAGCUCAAAUUGCUUCUUGAAUAAAUCAUGUACCCUGAUUUAAUUUGCUUUUGGAUUUCUCUUCAGAAGAAAACUCACACCAGAGCUUAUUUUAAGAAGUUAGCUGACAGGAAAAGUGGACGCAGUCAGUGUUAGAGGUCACAGCAGCCUGCCGGUCACAGCAACAAGUCAAGUGUUAAUGCAGGAUGUUUUUUACAAACUACGUGAGAGUUUAUGGAGUUCACACAGCAAAAGGAAGGAGAUGUGGGAGGCUGGCACUCGACAUAUUUCCUCCAGAAAAGAGGCAAGAGGUAGAAGAGCUAUAAUCCAGUUCAGCAUGAUCCAAUCUGUCACAAUCACAUGAAUAAAACACAUACAAAUAAAACACAUUAAAAAAUAAAGAAGUGCAAGCCAUCUGAACGUGGAGAUAAAAACUGUGCUGUCUUUUUCUCUGCCUCUUGGCUCAGACUGAAGUCCUGGAGUAGGACACUGUUCUGGAUGUCAGAUUUUGUCAGAUUACACACCAACAUUCUCUAGUUUAGUGGAUUAGUUGCAGUAACACAUGAUCUGAAAACAAAAAAAACUCGCCUGCUUCUUUUGUCAAUCCUGCAGAAGCAGACUGAGCCCCAAUGUCACACAUAUAUAAAGCUGAAACUGCAGCCUGGGUUGUCUUCAGUGCAUGAGUCCCCCAGGUCUGGAAAUGUCAGCAGGUGCUAAAAUGAACCGAUUCAAAUCCAGGUCUGCAUGUUCAUGUUUCUCAAAGAUGGAUCUCAGCACAAAGCUGUCAUGGCGGCCCAAAUAAUCGAAUUAGUCCGGUUAAAAGUCUGACUGAAACUGCAGCUUCACAAGUGUAAGUACUGACUCAACACGUCCUCUGAUGUGUGUGCAGGUGAAAGACAAGAGGCGGUCUCCCCCCUCCAACAGAUCUCCCUCCACCCAACAACGCAACCUCCACCACAGCGGCUCCACAGAGGAACAGGAGAGCCCCGAGAGAGUGGUGAGACAGAGACACACACACACACACACUGGACUGGUCUUUCUCUGGACAGCACAGGUGUAACACUGACCCUGGGACCCUGACAGGAACAUAACAUGAUGAUAUUUUCAGAACCCACAUUGGUCUUUAAAUGUACUAAAAACAAACACAGUGUCGUGGCUGACCUCCUGACCCAGCAGCCGUCAGGCUCAUACAAACUGGACCACAAUGGUCCAGCCCGUUCUGCUGAGGUCAUUGUCCGCCACAAAAACAACCUUUCAUUUCUCCCAGCUCAGCACACAUGCCAGACGUGGCUUUUUCACAGCGACACAACAAAAAGCAUGUGAAUGUGGCAGCAGAUCUGAAACCAGCUGCAGGUGUCAGGGACUGAGCGGCGUAAACACUCUGUACCACAUUCCUGAGCUCUAAUUUAGCAAGUUAGCACUUCAUGAGUUUGUGAAACAAACUGCUGCUGCUGCUCGUCAGGACACAGUGAGUCACAGGGAUGUAAGAGUAGCUAACUGACGUAUAUUAGCUUCCAUUUGGUGUUAAAAUCAGAUGAACAGAAAAAAAGAGAGGCUGCAUGGUACAGCUGGCCUGUAAAGAAGUUAGUGUCAAACCCUGACAUAUAUAGAUAGAUACAAUUUUAAGGGGAAAACAGAUCAGGGCCUAUGCCCACUAACAGCGCUUUGGGGGGGUUGAGACAGCUGCAAGUUACACAGCCCUGCAAUCCUUUACCACCAGCCAGCAGUGAACAUUUAUGGUUUUAUGUGAAUUCAUGGAGAUAAAGACCAAACAAAUCCAAAUAAAAUCUAUUCACCUGGACAGCAGCAUUCAGAUAUAAACCUUCUGAUUCACUUGCAUGUCUACACUCAUUCACACUGUGAAUAAUCACCCACUGUUUCCUCUGUCUUAUCUGCAGGUGCAGAGAGAGAAGCUCCAUGCAGAGUUGAAGCAGGUGUUGAGUCAGAAACGAAGUCACCUGAGAGAGUCAGCCUGCCAACUGGCCCAACCAGAGAUGGACUCAGAGCCCACAGAAGAACAAACUGUGAGUGCUGAAUUUGUUUUACUGUACGGUCAGAAAAUGACCAUCCUAACGAUCAGGGACACGCAGCGGUCCAUAAAAGCAGCAACGAUGACUGAUGGCACUCUUCACUUUUUCACUCAUGACUGGUCUAAAAGCGAUUUCCAACAGCUGAGUCACUGAGACACUUUCUGUAAUCCACAGAUAGAGUGACCUUUCCAUCGUAACAAUUCAAUGAAUAAAGUGCUUUCAGGAGUAAAACUGGAAGUGAGAAAACUGCAGAAAAAUCUCCACUCACUCCAGCAGUAAGGUUUUUUCCACAGACUGGAGGACUUUGAGACCAUUUCUGAUCUAAAGAGUAAAUAAAGGGUCUCAGUUGAUGAGGUCCAAAAUUCCGCUAAUACAACAUUAAAACUGGUUGACUUUAAUAGUAAUGAUGAUAAGUAGGUUUAUAAUAUAUGGACCAAAACAUCUAUUUUGAAUGUAGUUACUGUAUAUUAAGAAAUAAUUACCUCUGCUUCAAGAAUCAGGUCACAGUAAGUCUAGAGUGAUCUUCAUUCAGUUUCAUCACUCUGACCUUGAAAGACAGAGAAAUAACUACAAAAACACUUUUCAGCCUGAAUUUGUCCUUUACCAUGACUCAGAGCUGGAGAUGCAUAUGUGAAAUGUUAAAGCUACUCUGGGGAGUUUUUGUGACAGCUUAGCAACUUUAGCUGAACUGUUAUCAGUUUAACACAAACAAUGCAAAGCCUUCACAAAAUGGAAAUGACAGGAUUUUUGUCUUGAGCCACAUUUUGUGCUUACAGGAUUUAAGUUUCAUGUUUGUGUUUGUUGAAGGUCGUGGAGGAGGCUUCCAAGUCAGUUGAAAUUGUGGUGGAGACCGAGGCGGAGGCUGGGGCCAGCGGCUACAGCGUGACAGGCGGAGGACAGCGAGGGAUCUUUGUAAAAGAUGUCCUCAAAGACUCACCGGCUGCUAAACAUCUGAGUCUACAGGAAGGUACCUGUGGCCUCAUCUGAACCAUUUAGGAAGUAAACAUGCGCCUCAAAAUGAGUAUAACUAGCAAAAAUUAAAACCAUUUACACCACAAACUUCAUAUCUGUGUUAGAUUGUUGGAUAUUCAAAACAUCUCAAGCCAACAUGAACAAUUUAAAUGGUAUUACAAGAGAAGGAAAGUGACCUGAGCAUAUAAAUGCACACAUUACUGCAGUUCCCCUGUGGCCACUAGGGGGCAGCACACUGAUAUAAUCAGGGAUUCAGUCCUUUCAAGCAGGGCAGUUUGUUCAUCCUUAUUUAGGUGUUGAAAAAGUCACCUAGUAUUGCCAAACCGAUACGUACAUGCAAAUAAGCAUGAAACUUACUGUUUUGUUUUAUUUUAUUUUAAUGGGAGAUAUCACUGGUUUAAACUGAUUUGGAUACAGCAAGUCAGAGAAAAACUGAAAGCAUGACUUAGCAGGAGGCAGCUAUGCUAAGUUCAUAAUUUCAUUAUCAAAUUCAGCUCUCAGUGUUAAAUUAUCUGUAGUCAUUUGGCUGCACAGGAUUUAAGAGGCAGCACUUGAUUUACAGAUGAAGUCUUUAUUUUAAAACCAUUUUUAGACAGUUAUGAUAUUCAAAGAGUUUGGGUGGUGUUGAACUUUGUCCAGGCUGGAAAGGGACCAGAAGCAUUUCUAGUGCAAAUAUCAACUGUCGGGGAUUGCAACACUUUGGUAACUUAUUUUUCUGUAUGCUGGGAGGAAGUUUCAGUGACAGGAUGAAAUCCCAGCAGUACUGCUGUGUCAGUCAGUUGUACUAUCUCUGUGUUCUUACUUUGAAUAUGUGUCACAGCAGCUACAAGGUCCAUGUUUAACAUUGCACUUCACUAUUUGCAGAUGGCAGUGCCUUCAUUUACAUCUUCCACAGUGCAGGACAAUUGAGUUGGUUCAAGAACCACAUGAACUUUUUUUUCUCAAGAGGCUAAUACAUAUGUACAGGACAGCAUCAGCAGAUAGAUGAGAUGUACUGCUCUGUCCACAGGGGAUGCUAAAGUUAGCCCAAAAUAAAAGUUACUCAAAGGAGAUGUAGAAAUAACUAACUUUGGUUCUAACACUGUAUACAUUAAUUCAUACGCUCUCCGUGUGAAGGUGACCAGCUGCUGAGUGCCAAAGUCUACUUUGACAAUGUGAGGUAUGAAGACGCUCUGAAGAUCCUGCAGUGUGCGGAGCCUUAUAAGGUCAGCUUCCAACUGAAGAGAACCAUCCCAGGAGCAGAGGUCGGUGUGCGGCCUCGAGUUCCCAGCAUUGAGGUCAAAGGUCCUAAAGCAAAGAUGUCCAAAAUGGUAAUCAGUGUAAAUAUUCAGUAUUUGUCUGUUGGGUGCAAUGUUUUAACCAGCUUCUGUUGUUUUAAUUCCUUUUUUUACUCUCUCUCUCUCUGUCAUAAUCAAGUUAAAGUCCAAAGACAUCAAAUUUGUCUUAUUUCAAGUAAAAUUCUGCUAAAUCUUUAACAGACAUAAUUUCAUGUUUUGCACACAUUUGGAUUUAGUCCUUCCAAAUGCUUUUAGCUACUCUUCAUGUCACUCAUGAGUACUUUUCUGUAAUUUAGAGUGUGAAAGGCACAAAACCAUUCAAGACAAAGAAGAAGAGAGGUGGACGUUUUGGCCUGAAGAGGCUGAAGGAGAAGCGUAAAGAGGAGCUGGUGGUCGAGGGAACACCCCCCAGGCUGGAGAUGGGUGAUGUGGACGUCGAGUUUUCUCUUCCCAAAUUCAAACAGAGUAGGAGUGUGAAGGUUGAAGCAGGAGGAACUGGAGGAGCUACAGCUCUGGGGAAAACAAAGAGGAAAAUCAGGUUGGCUUUGCUUUAAAAUGGUUAGUCAACCCUUGUACAAACUAAGAGCAAGUUACGAUGGUUGAUAAAGAGGAUUAUGAUGGUUUUACUCAAGCACUAUGCACUGUUGCUAAGUGUAUCUUUGCUAUUUUAUGAGACGCUUUACCUCCUCUCUGAUGCCUUUCUUUAACUGGUCCUCUCAGGUUUCCUGGCAUGAAAACUAAGGGUUAUGCUGGUGCAGAGGCAGGAGGAAAAGUGGAAACAGGAAAAUUUGAGGGACAGGUGAACAUCUCUCAACCAGAGAUCUCUGGAGCUAAAGUGAAAACAAAGGGAAAAGGACACAAGUUUGGAAUCACCUUUCCAAAGAGCAAACACACAAAGUCCGGCUCAGCCUUGGCUGGUUCCGCUGAGGUGACACCCCCCAGUGUGAACAUUCAGCCACCAUCAGUGGAGUUCAGUAUGUCUGGCAAUAAAGAAGACAUUAACAUGCCUGAUGUUGAGUUUACACGGCCUUCUGGAAAAGCAGAGGUGUCUUUGCCUGAUGUGAAGGGGCGCACAGAAAUCAAGGCUCCUAAAAUUGACAUCAAAGGAGGAGUUGAUACUGAAGCAGCUGGGGGGAAAGUUGAUGUAGACAUAAGCAAAGGAGAUGCAAAGCUAAGGAUGCCAAAGUUGAAACUACCUAAAGUUAGACUCUCCCGUCAUUCAGAUGAGAUAGACGGUGACAUCAAGAUAAAAACCAAAGAGGUGAAACUUCCUCAAACUGACAUAACACCCCCAAAAGUUGAGAUCAGGGCAGGUGCGAUCAGUCUCCCUGAAGCAAAAAUAACCAAACCAAAGAUGAAAGCUGAUCUCUCAGGAAAAGCUGCAUCAGUUCAGGUGCCAUCUGUUGAUUUUUCUUUACCAAAAGUGAAGGGAAAGUCCGACAUUGAAGUCUCACUUCCACAGUGUGAAGGUGCUGGAAAGACUGAAAUCAAAAUGCCAGCCAUUGAUGUGUCUGUUCCUGAUGUUGAUUUGAAAUUGGAUACCAAGCAAAGAAUUCCUGAUGAGGUGGAGGGCACAUUUAAAGCGCCCAAUAUCUCCAUGCCAAAGUUUGACAUCUCUCUGCCAAAAAUGGGAUCAUCCCGUGUGGAUAUUGAAGGUCCAGAAGUUGGAGGAAAAUUCAGUCUGCCCUCUGUUGACAUCGCUCUCCCAAAAGUGACAACAGACGGUGGGGAUGUGGCUAUGGACCAUUAUGUUGGUGGAGAUGGGAAGUUUAAAAUGCCUGAUUUUGACGUAUCUUUCCCAAAAAUCAAGACACCAGGAGGAGAAGUAGAAGUAAAGGGGCAAGAGAUGGAAGGAGGCUUCAAGUUACCCAAUGUGGAGCUAACCCUUCCCAAAAGCAAAACAGGAACAACUGAUUCUGAAGUUGAAGGCACCUUUAAGUUACCAUCAUUUGAUAUAUCCCUUCCAAAAAUUAAAACAGGUGAGCUGGAAGCAGACAUUGUUUGGCCUGAAGGGAAAGGUGGUAAAUUUGAAAUCCCUACACCUGGCAUUUCUCUGCCCAAAGGCAAAGUAGAAGGGGACAGUGGAGGGGAAGGGAGGGGAGGAAAACUCAAAAUGCCUUCCUUUGAUAUCUCUCUACCAAAGAUGAAACUACCAGAGAGUCAUGUAAGCAUUGAGGAACCCAAGAUUGAGGGUGGCGGUAAGAUCCAGAUGCCCUCUACUGACAUAUCAAUACCAAAAGGAAAGAUGGAGGGUGACAUUGCAUUAGAGGGUCAUCAUUUGAAAGGGGGGAAGUUCAAAAUGCCCUCAUUUGAUGUCAAACUUCCUAAAACGGAAUUAUCUGGGGCUGAGGUUGGCUCUUCUGAAAUCACAGGAGGAGAUAUUGAGGUGCCAUCAGUGGAUAUUUCUCUACCAAAAGUUAAAUCCAAAGGUGGUGAUUUGAAGGGAGGCCAAGUUAACAUGCCAUCUGUGGACAUCUCACUUCCUAAAAUGAAGCUACCUGAAGGAGAUGUGAAGCUAGAUUUCCCUGAACUUCCAACUGUGGAUUUUUCACUACCCAAGGAAAAUGUGGAGGGUGAAUGCAGUGGUGGUAGUAGUGCAAAGUUCAGGUUGCCAAACUUUGAUAUCUCAUUACCAAAGAUGAAAACCAAGGAGGGAGAUGUUGAUAUUGAUGUACCUGAAGUCAAAGGAGGAGCAAACGUCAGCAUGCCAUCACUGGAUCUGUCUCUGCCAGCUGUUAAAUCACCAGGAGAGUUACAGAUGCCAUCUUUAGAUGUGUCACUACCAAAAAUCAAAUCACCUGAGGGUGAUAUCAACAUUGAGGUUCCAACUACAGCUGAUGUCUCCAUUCCGAGAGGUAAAGCAGAGCUAAAGGUUGAUAUUGAAAACCCCACUGGCAAAGGAGGCAAGAUAAAGAUUCCCACAUUUGAUGUAUCCAAACCAAAGAUGAAGAUGCCUAAAGGAAAUAUAGGCCUUGAGGGACCCUCUGUGGAUAUCUCUCUUCCCAAAGGGAAAGUUGAGGGUGACCUACAAACUAAAGGUAAAGGGGGACAUUUUCAUAUGCCCUCUGUCGAUGUUUCCCUCCCUAAAAUAAAAUCAAAACAAGGAGACAUUAAUAUAAUGGGGCCAGAAAUCAAGGGUGGGGAUAUUAAAAUGCCAACUAUUGACAUCUCACCUCCUCGAGGGACAUUAAAAAGUGAUAUUACUAUUGAAGGGGAAGGACAAGGAGGCAGAUUACCUUCAGUAGACAUCACCCUCCCCACAGUAAAGCUACCUGAGGGAGAUGUAAAUUUUCAAGGGCCAAAAGUUAAAGGUGGAAAUUUUAAAAUGCCAAAAAUUGACCUCUCUCUUCCUAAAGGAAAAGCAAUAGGAGACAUUGACAUUGAUAUUCGCCCUGGAAAAGACGGAAACAUUGAAAUGCCAUCCUACGAUAUCAGCCUCUCCAAAGGACAAGUCGAGGGUGACAUUGAUGUUGAAGGUCCCGAAGGGGCAGCAGGUAAAUUCAAAAUGCCUAAAUUUGACAUCUCUCUUCCAAAGAUGAACUUGCCUGAGGGUGAUGUAAAAGUUAAAGGAUCAGAGAUCAAAGGAAAAAUGGAGAUGCCAACUGUUAAUGUUUCACUUCCAAAAGGAAAAAUUGAAGGCGAUGUUGAUAUUGAUGGACUUGGAGGCAAGCUCAGCAUGCCUUCACUUGAUAUCACACUUCCUAACAUAGGAGCAAAAGGAGUUGAUGUUGAUAUUGAAGGAACUGAAGUUCCAGGCCACAAGUUCAAUAUGCCAUCAUUCGAUGUUUCAGCACCUAAAAUAAAAAGUCCUGUGGUAGACGUCAGCCUUGUGGGUCCGGAAGUUAAAGGAAAAAAGAUUGAAAUGCCAGACAUUGAUAUUUCACUCCCAAAAGGAAAAGGAAAAAUUGAUAUUGAAGGGCAUUCUGGUAAAGGAGGAAAGUUCCAUAUGCCUUCACUUGACUUCUCUCUGCCAAGAAGAAAAGCUAAGGCACCAGAGGUUCCAGAUGUUGACCUUUCACUCCCUAAAGGGACAGCUGAUGCUGACCUUAGCAUUGAAGGUCUAAAGGUUGAAGGCAAAGCACCUAAACUCGACAUUUCUGUUCCAAAGGUGGACCUGCCUGAGGGAAAUGUUGAGAUUCCUAAAUUUGAUAUUUCAGUGCCAAAAGAAAAGAUAGAGGGUAAUGUUGACAUUAAAGGACAUCAUGGCAAGGGGGGGAAGUUUCAUCUGCCUUCAGUGGAUCUGUCUCUUCCUAAAAUUAAAGCAAAGGGAACAGAUGUAAAUUUAAAAGGACCUGAACUAAAAGGUGGCAUGUCACUCCCAAAGGUUAAAUCUCCAACAAUGCAUAUCAGCCUAGAGGGUCCAGAUUUAAAGGGGAAAAAUUUAACCUCCCCAUCUGUUGACAUUUCCCUUCCAGAGGGAAAACUUGAGGGAAACCUGGAUGUGGAAGGCCCUGAAGUAAAAGGAGGCAAAUUCAAAAUGCCCAAAUUUGAUGUUUCAUUGCCAAAAGUCAGUUUACCAGAGACUGAUGUUCACUUGAAAGGACCUGACAUUAAGGGGAGAAAGAUUGAGAUGCCAGACCUUGAUAUCUCACUCCCAAAAGGAAAGACAGGAGGAGGAAUUGAAAUUGAGGGACAUGCUGGUAAAGGAGGAAAGUUCAAUAUGCCAUCACUUGACAUUUCUCCUCCUAAAAUUAAAGGCAAAGGACCAGAGAUAGAUAUUGAAGGCCCUAAUAUUAAAGGUGCACAGAUAGGCAUGCCUUCACUUGAUGUAUCGCUCCCCAAAUUAAAAUCUCCUGAUGUAGAUGUCAGCUUGGAGGGUCCUGAUGUUAAAGGUGGAAAAAUCACCAUGCCGAGUAUGGACAUCUCACUUCCUAAAGGAAAAGUUGAGGGGGACCUGGACAUAGAAGGACCUGAACUCAAAGGCGGGAAAUUCAAAAUGCCCAAAUUUGACAUGUCAUUACCAAAGGUCAAUCUGCCCAAGGUUGAUGCCAAUUUGGAAGGACCUGAUAUGAAAGGAAAAAUUGGACUGCCAACAAUUGACAUUUCUCUCCCAAAAGGAAAGGCAGAUGUGGACAUAGACAUUGAGGGGCCAAGUGGUAGAGGAGGCAAGCUUCACAUGCCCUCACUUGAUAUCUCACUUCCUAAGAUCAAAGGAAAGGGACUAGAUGUGGAUGUGCCGACACCGGAAAUCGCCACUGGCAUUAAUGUCCCUGAGAUCAAGUCACCAGAGGUGGAUAUCAGCCUCAAGGGACCUGGUGUUACAGGGGGGAAGUUUAAAGUGCCACCCGUUGACAUUUCUCUUCCCAAAGGUAAACUUGAGGGUGGCCUAGAUGUCGAAGGCCCUGAGUUAAAAGGAGGCAAAUUUAAAAUGCCCAAAUUUAAUGUGUCACUUCCAAAAAUGAACUUGCCAGAAGGAAAUGUGGAGGUGCCUUCCCUUGACAUAUCACUUCCAAAGGGAAAAGUUGAGGGAGAUCUAGAUAUAGAGGGACCUCAAGGGAAAGGUGGCAAGUUUCACCUGCCCUCAGUAGAUCUCUCACUUCCUAAGAUUAAAACAAAGGGGGUAGAUGUCAAUAUUGCAGGACCGGAAAUCAGAGGUGAUGUUUCCCUUCCAGAGGGAAAACUUGAGGGAAACCUGGAUGUGGAAGGCCCUGAGGUAAAAGGAGGCAAAUUCAAAAUGCCCAAAUUUGAUGUUUCAUUGCCAAAAGUCAGUUUACCAGAGACUGAUGUUCACUUGAAAGGACCUGACAUUAAGGGGAGAAAGAUUGAGAUGCCAGACCUUGAUAUCUCACUCCCAAAAGGAAAGACAGGAGGAGGAAUUGAAAUUGAAGGACAUGCUGGUAAAGGAGGAAAGUUCAAUAUGCCAUCACUUGACAUUUCUCUUCCUAAAAUUAAAGGCAAAGGACCAGAGAUAGAUAUUGAAGGCCCUAAUAUUAAAGGUGCACAGAUAGGCAUGCCUUCACUUGAUGUAUCGCUCCCCAAAUUAAAAUCUCCUGAUGUAGAUGUCAGCUUGGAGGGUCCUGAUGUUAAAGGUGGAAAAAUCACCAUGCCGAGUAUGGACAUCUCACUUCCUAAAGGAAAAGUUGAGGGGGACCUGGACAUAGAAGGACCUGAACUCAAAGGCGGGAAAUUCAAAAUGCCCAAAUUUGACAUGUCAUUACCAAAGGUCAAUCUGCCCAAGGUUGAUGCCAAUUUGGAAGGACCUGAUAUGAAAGGAAAAAUUGGACUGCCAACAAUUGACAUUUCUCUCCCAAAAGGAAAGGCAGAUGUGGACAUAGACAUUGAGGGGCCAAGUGGUAAAGGAGGCAAGCUUCACAUGCCCUCACUUGAUAUCUCACUUCCUAAGAUCAAAGGAAAGGGACUAGAUGUGGAUGUGCCGACACCGGAAAUCGCCACUGGCAUUAAUGUCCCUGAGAUCAAGUCACCAGAGGUGGAUAUCAGCCUCAAGGGACCUGGUGUUACAGGGGGAAGUUUAAAGUGCCACCCGUUGACAUUUCUCUUCCCAAAGGUAAACUUGAGGGUGGCCUAGAUGUCGAAGGCCCUGAGUUAAAAGGAGGCAAAUUUAAAAUGCCCAAAUUUAAUGUGUCACUUCCAAAAAUGAACUUGCCAGAAGGAAAUGUGGAGGUGCCUUCCCUUGACAUAUCACUUCCAAAGGGAAAAGUUGAGGGAGAUCUAGAUAUAGAGGGACCUCAAGGGAAAGGUGGCAAGUUUCACCUGCCCUCAGUAGAUCUCUCACUUCCUAAGAUUAAAACAAAGGGGGUAGAUGUCAAUAUUGCAGGACCGGAAAUCAGAGGUGAUGUUUCCCUUCCAGAGGGAAAACUUGAGGGAAACCUGGAUGUGGAAGGCCCUGAGGUAAAAGGAGGCAAAUUCAAAAUGCCCAAAUUUGAUGUUUCAUUGCCAAAAGUCAGUUUACCAGAGACUGAUGUUCACUUGAAAGGACCUGACAUUAAGGGGAGAAAGAUUGAGAUGCCAGACCUUGAUAUCUCACUCCCAAAAGGAAAGACAGGAGGAGGAAUUGAAAUUGAAGGACAUGCUGGUAAAGGAGGAAAGUUCAAUAUGCCAUCACUUGACAUUUCUCUUCCUAAAAUUAAAGGCAAAGGACCAGAGAUAGAUAUUGAAGGCCCUAAUAUUAAAGGUGCACAGAUAGGCAUGCCUUCACUUGAUGUAUCGCUCCCCAAAUUAAAAUCUCCUGAUGUAGAUGUCAGCUUGGAGGGUCCUGAUGUUAAAGGUGGAAAAAUCACCAUGCCGAGUAUGGACAUCUCACUUCCUAAAGGAAAAGUUGAGGGGGACCUGGACAUAGAAGGACCUGAACUCAAAGGCGGGAAAUUCAAAAUGCCCAAAUUUGACAUGUCAUUACCAAAGGUCAAUCUGCCUAAAGUUGAUGCCAAUUUGGAAGGACCUGAUAUGAAAGGAAAAAUUGGACUGCCAACAAUUGACAUUUCUCUCCCAAAAGGAAAGGCAGAUGUGGACAUAGACAUUGAGGGGCCAAGUGGUAAAGGAGGCAAGCUUCACAUGCCCUCACUUGAUAUCUCACUUCCUAAGAUCAAAGGAAAGGGACUAGAUGUGGAUGUGCCGACACCGGAAAUCGCCACUGGCAUUAAUGUCCCUGAGAUCAAGUCACCAGAGGUGGAUAUCAGCCUCAAGGGACCUGGUGUUACAGGGGGGAAGUUUAAAGUGCCACCCGUUGACAUUUCUCUUCCCAAAGGUAAACUUGAGGGUGGCCUAGAUGUCGAAGGCCCUGAGUUAAAAGGAGGCAAAUUUAAAAUGCCCAAAUUUAAUGUGUCACUUCCAAAAAUGAACUUGCCAGAAGGAAAUGUGGAGGUGCCUUCCCUUGACAUAUCACUUCCAAAGGGAAAAGUUGAGGGAGAUCUAGAUAUAGAGGGACCUCAAGGGAAAGGUGGCAAGUUUCACCUGCCCUCAGUAGAUCUCUCACUUCCUAAGAUUAAAACAAAGGGGGUAGAUGUCAAUAUUGCAGGACCGGAAAUCAGAGGUGAUGUUUCCCUUCCAGAGGGAAAACUUGAGGGAAACCUGGAUGUGGAAGGCCCUGAGGUAAAAGGAGGCAAAUUCAAAAUGCCCAAAUUUGAUGUUUCAUUGCCAAAAGUCAGUUUACCAGAGACUGAUGUUCACUUGAAAGGACCUGACAUUAAGGGGAGAAAGAUUGAGAUGCCAGACCUUGAUAUCUCACUCCCAAAAGGAAAGACAGGAGGAGGAAUUGAAAUUGAAGGACAUGCUGGUAAAGGAGGAAAGUUCAAUAUGCCAUCACUUGACAUUUCUCUUCCUAAAAUUAAAGGCAAAGGACCAGAGAUAGAUAUUGAAGGCCCUAAUAUUAAAGGUGCACAGAUAGGCAUGCCUUCACUUGAUGUAUCGCUCCCCAAAUUAAAAUCUCCUGAUGUAGAUGUCAGCUUGGAGGGUCCUGAUGUUAAAGGUGGAAAAAUCACCAUGCCGAGUAUGGACAUCUCACUUCCUAAAGGAAAAGUUGAGGGGGACCUGGACAUAGAAGGACCUGAACUCAAAGGCGGGAAAUUCAGAAUGCCCAAAUUUGACAUGUCAUUACCAAAGGUCAAUCUGCCUAAAGUUGAUGCCAAUUUGGAAGGACCUGAUAUGAAAGGAAAAAUUGGACUGCCAACAAUUGACAUUUCUCUCCCAAAGGCAGAUGUGGACAUAGACAUUGAGGGGCCAAGUGGUAAAGGAGGCAAGCUUCACAUGCCCUCACUUGAUAUCUCACUUCCUAAGAUCAAAGGAAAGGGACUAGAUGUGGAUGUGCCAACACCGGAAGUUGACAUUUCUGUUCCCAAAGGAAAAAUUGAGGGGGACAUAAACCUUGAAGGACCUGAACUUAAAGGUGGGAAAUUCAAAAUGCCCAAAUUCGAUGUUUCACCUUCAAAGCUUAACCUUCCUGAAGCUAAAUUUAAAGUUGAAGGACAUGAUAUCAAAGAUGGAAAGAUGCCAACUGUUGACAUAACAGUUCCAGUUGGAAAAAUUGAGGAAGAUGUCAAUAUUAAAGCCCCAUCAGGAAAGAUAAAAGAGCCAAAAGUUGACCUGUCUGGCAAGAAGGGUGGUGGACUCCACAUGCCAACACUUGACAUAGAUCUACCCAAAUUUGAUCUUGACCUUAGCCUCCCCUCUGGUCUAAAAGACAAAAGUCUCAAACUGGACACCCAUGGUCCUGAAGGAUCAGGAAAUGUACAAGUGUCUGGACUCAAAGGAGAUAUUCACCCAGCAAAGUUUAAAGCUAAGGGUGCAGAUAUUGAUACAGAAGGUAUGGAAGGGCCAGGUGCAUCUCUAAAACUUCCCACUGUCAAACUUCCAGCAGUUGACAUUUCAGCUCCAAAGGUGGAUUUAGACUUUGGCCUCAACAAACCUAAAGGUGAUGACGUAGAAGUAGAGUUACUGAAAGCAGAAGGAGGCAGACCAUCUUCCGGGGGAAGUUUUGAUUUACCUGAUGUCUCCCUUAAGGGCCCUAGUUUUACACUUCCAAGGUUUGGUGGAAGUUCCAAGAGUGCUGGUUUAGAGAUAUCAGGGAAGGGUCCUAAGGGAGAUAUUUCUCUCAGCCCACCACAUGUGGAAGGGGAGAUUAGGGCACCCUCUGUAGAAUUUGAUAGGGAGGGAAAAGUCAAGAUAAAGAAACACAAAAUCAAAAUGCCUUCUUUUGGGCUGUCUAAGAAAGAUGCAGAUGCAUCUGUGUCUUGUCCUGAUGUCGAUGUUAAAACGAAAAAGGGGAAAAUUGAUAUCCCUAAACCUGAAAUUAAUAUUGAGAGCCAAGGGGAAAAAUCAAAAUACAAAAUGAAAUUUCCCAAGUUUAAAUUUUCAUCACCUAAAGGUCAACUGCCAGAAAAAGAUUCAAAUAAGCCUAGUGGUCACUUUGAUGCCAAAGCCAAAGUUAAGAUGCCCUCUGUAGAGUUGUCCCUUCCAGAGGCUAAAACACCAGAUACUGAAGUUCUUCUUCCCAAAACAGAAGUUGAUGUGUCAGAGGCUGAUAUUAAAGGCUAUGAGGGGAACCUCAAAAUUCCUAAAAUGCCAACAAUUGACCUCUCCGUUCCCAAAAUUGAUCUGGAUGUGUCCCUGCCAAAAGUGGGGCAUGAUGCCGAGGGACGAAAAUUGAAGAUGCCCGAUACAAAGAUGCCAGCUAUUGACUUAUCCCUUCCAAAAGGAAAAACAGGUGACAAUGAGGGAGGUCACAUUGGAGUCAGUGCAGAGGCAGGGAAAUUCAAAAUGCCUCACAUAACAAUGCCAUCAAUAGAUGUGUCCCUACCCCAAGGCAGAUCUGGAGAUCUUUAUGUCCCAGACAUUGAAACAGGUGGUGAUGGGGGAGGUAAAUUUAACGCACCUUUUAUGAAAAUGCCUAAUAUUGACAUAUCUUUACCAAAAUCCCAAACUGGGAAAAUUGAUUCUCCUGAUGUGGAUGUAAAGGGAGAGGGGGGAUUAUUCCGAAAGCCUGGUAUCAAAAUGCCAAACAUUGAACUGUCUCUGCCAAAAGGAAAGGCUGGUCAUUUUGAAGGGCAAGAUGUUGCGAUUGAAGGGGAAGGGAAGAUGAAGAUGCCACAUGUCAAAAUGCCACAUGUUGAUAUUAAUAUGCCAAAAAUGAAAUUAACAGAGGGUGAUACACCUGAUGUUCAAGCAAAGGUUGAAGGAGGAGGAGCAAAAUUAAAAAUGCCCCAUUUUAAUAUGCCUUCAGUUGAUAUUUCAGUGCCAAGAGUAAAGACUGAAGGUCCAGAAAUUGACAUUGAAGGAGGUACAGGAGGAAAGCUCAAGAUGCCUCAGAUGAAAAUGCCAGAUUUUGAUGUCUCUUUGCCAAAAGGAAAGAUUGAAGGUCCAGACGUGGAACUCAAAGGGGAGGGUGGAAAAUUCAAAAUGCCACAUAUCAACAUGCCCUCAGUUGAUAUUUCACUACCCAGAGCAAAAUAUGAAGGUCCAGAUGUUGAAUUCAGGGGAGAUAGAGAUAGUGCACUCAAAAUGCCUGGUCCAAAAAUGCCAGAUGUUGAUAUAUCUCUCCCUAAAGGAAAAACUGAAGGUCCAGAGGUUGAAGUGGAAGGAGGUACCGGAGGAAAGUUCAAAAUGCCUGGUUUGAGAAUGCCCAACAUUGACGUCUCCCUACCCAAAGGAAAGAUUGAAGGUCAAGAUAUUAGAAUAAGGGAAGGCGCUGGAGGAAAACUCAAAAUGCCUGAUAUUGAUGUAUCUGUGCCCAAAGGACAUGUUGAAGGUCCAGAAGUGGAGCUCAAAGGGGAAGGUGGAAAAUUGAAAAUGCCACAUAUCAGCAUGCCUUCUGUUGAUUUUUCACUACCAAAAGGAAAGAUUGUGGGUCCAGAAGUUGAAGCAGAGGGAGGUGCAGGAGGGAAGUUUAAGUUGCCUCAAAUGAAAAUGCCAGAUGUUGAUGUAUCUCUGCCAAAGGGAAAAAUUAAAGGCCCAGAAGGUGAAACUGAGGGAGGAUCUGGAGGAAAGUUAAAAAUGCCUCAUAUAAAAAUGCCAGAUGUUGACUUCUCUUUGCCAAAAGGAAAGAUUGAGGGUACAGAUGUCAAACUGAAAGGAGAAGGGGGAAACUUCAAGAUGCCACAUAUCAGCAUGCCUUCUGUUGAUGUUUCACUACCAAGAGCAAAAGUUGAAGGUCCGGAUGUUGAAUUUAGGGAAGAUGGAGGAGGAAAAUUCAAAAUCCCAAGUGUAAAGAUGCCAGAUGUUGACAUCUCUCUACCCAAAGGAAGAUCGGGCAGAAUUGGAGGAGCAGAGUUAGAGCUUGAGCAAGGUGGAGGCAAAAUGAAGUUGCCACAUAUGGCAAUGCCCUCAGUUGACAUUUCACUGCUACAUGAACAGACUGAAGGCCCCAAAGUUGAUGUUAAAGGUGGUGGGGGAAAGUUCAAGAUGCCAAAGGUUAAUUUAUCUCUUCCUAAAGGUGAAGCUUCAGUCCAAGGGCCAGAGGUAGAGGGAGAUGAGGGACGGUUCAAAAUGCCAAAUGUGGACAUAAUCCUUCCUCAAGGGACAGCAAAUAUUGACACACCAGAGCUGAAAGCUGAGGCAGAAGGAGGAACCAUCAAGCUGCCUCAUAUUAAGAUGCCAAAGGUUGAUAUUUCACUUCCUAAAGGUAAAGGUAAAGAUACUGAAGCACCUGGGAUAGAGAUGGAGGUCACAGGAAGAAAAAUCAAAGGUCCCGAUAUUAAACUUCCAAAAGGAGGUAUCACAGUGCCAAAAGACAAAUCAGGUGAUGUUGAGAUAAGUCUACCAACCUUUGAGGCAGGGGGGAAAGCCAAAGUGCCAUCAUCAGAUCUGGACAUUGAUCUGACACUUUCUAAACCAAAUCAAGACUUAAGUGUUGAAGGAGAGAACAAAGGUCUUAAACUCAAGAUGCCAACAUUAGAUAUCAAAGGUCCAACAGGAGAUAUUGAGCUUGAUAUAGGACUGCAAAGGGGAGAGGGCAAGAAGGACAAGAAAAAAGUUGAACUACCUGACUUGGAUCUGGACACUGCAGGAACUGGCAGCAAAGAUAAGGGCGCUAAAGUUAAAGGGACAAAAUUCAAGAUCGGCAUGCCAAAAAAGAAAACUGGCAGAGAAGUCACAGCAGAAUCAAAAACGUGCAAAAAUUGUGGUGAAGAGGAGUUUGGCGGAAAAGUCAAACAUAUAUGUAAAGUUGAAGGAAGACUUGGGUACCAAAUGGAAACCCACAAUGGACAUAAAGAAGGCAAAGAUCAUAUUACUAUAUCAGUACCAGGGGUUACAUCGCCAAACAUACAAGUCUCAGCAACAGGGGUAGAGGGUGGCCAGUCAUCGACAACAGCAGAAAUCAAAGCCCCCAGGAUCCCAGACAUAGAUUUUGAUAUAGUUACAUCGCAGGAGGAAGAUGACAAAACAGAAACAGGCAAGAAAAUCAAAAUCCCUAAGUUUGGUGUGCCAUUACCCUCCAUCUCCCCCGAGGACAGGCGGAAUAUCUAUGGACAAGAAAUACAAUAUGAGGGCCCUAAAAUGCCCAAAGUAAAGAAAGCUGUUUUUGUCUUAGUUAAUCCUCCUCAAGCCGAUGAGCCAGCUGCGUGUACCAGCCACCUAGAGGAGGAGAUGACAAUUGAGGCCGACACGAGGGAUGUUAAAGUUAAAAUGCCCAAGAUUAAAAUGAAGCCAAGCUUCGGGAAGCCCAAAGAUAAAUCAGUGACUGUGUGUACAGAGAGAGAGAGGGAGGAAGAGGAGAAGGCAAAAGGAACAAAAGUAAAAAUGCAUCAAGAGUCAUUAUCACUUGAAAAAACAGGGCAGUUUAGUGUCACAGGUUCAAGUUCAAGUCACAAUGGUAGCAAAGUUGCAGGUUCUCACCAGUGCUUCAAGGAUGAUAAAGGGACAUUCAGUGGCAAAUUCAAGCUCCCAAAGGUGGAGCUCACCUCUCCAUAUGGAAAAAUGACUGCAGGAGAGAAGGACACACAAACAACAAGUGCAGAACCAGGAAAGGAUUUCUCAACAGUAGAAGUGACGGGAACAAAAGGUCCUACGCUAAAAACGGGCGAGAUGAGCUUUGCUGGUUUUAGUGAGGAGCCCUCCAAGGAUGUGGUGUCAUCUCUUGCCAGAACCGAUAUGCUGGACAGAGACAGCUCAGAGUCUCCAUCUAGUUUGACCAUGGAGUUCAGCUCAGUGAAGGUCCAGGCUUGGAGUGAGGGUGAAAGCAAAAGCAGGGACCCUGAAGAUAGAGAGUCAUCCCCCUGGUUCAAGGUUCCCAAGUUCACCCUUAAGCCACACUCCACAGGUAAGCAUUACGAAGGCUUGAUAACCUAAUGUCUGAAUGGUGUAAAAAUAUAUAUUAACAAGCAACCACUACUGUUUAAACACUUAAAAGUCAGUGAAAUACUUUAUAGUUAACUAGCUGUGGUUUGCAACACUUAGCCUGAGUUACAUCUUUUGGGGCUCUAAAGACGCUCCAUCAAGACUGUGAGUAUCAGUGUGGCUUGGGUUACCUCUGCUUGAGCUAAAAGAACAGAUGAACGAUUAACUUCAGAUCACAAUAUUUAUAUGCAGACAAUAAGUUGUAUCUGACAGUGCAGCUCUGUUUUUUGGAGCUCCUUGCCCUUCCAUGUGUACGAGUUGGAUGCCAAAACCUGAUGCAGAGAGAGUACCCAUCCUCCUCAGUUCAUUUGCAUUCAUGAAAAACCAGGGCAGCGAGAGCAGCAGCAAAGACUCCCAUAUUAGAGCUCACAGUAGACCAGGCACUAGGGAUGACAAUACAUACGACACUAACUUGAAAUGAGGAGCAGAUGUGGAGGCAGGUUGUAAGAGGAAAGCGGGGAGAGUAGCAGACUGUAACAGUUUGACUUAAAAUCCUAUUUUGGCAUUUGCCAGAGCUUCAUUUCUGCUCAUGUUAGCCUGUUGUGUCCUCUUUGUUUCCCUUAUUUCACUGAUUAAUGUAUUAUCUCUGUUUUGUCUCUGCUACAUAAGACUAAGCUUCUUUUCCCUCUUCCUUUCUUCAUCUAUCCCCUUCUCCUUUCCUUGUAUUUUUUCCUCCACUUUUUGCUUCCCUUCUCCUCCUCUUUCUUCUCCAGGCUUCCUCCAGAUAACUCCAGAGGGUUCUCCUCAAGCCCAGCGGAGGGGUGAGGUGGCAGGUGAGGUUGAUGUCUCAGGGUCUUUCUGCCUCCACACCUCAGGGCUCGACUUCACCACCCAGGAAACAUCUGAAGAACACCAGGUCUCCUCUACAGAUGAGGGAACUCUCACCAUGGUGACUAAGACCACCAGAAUCACCCGGCAGUUGGUCACCUCCGAAACGCGAACAGGUGAAUCAUCGACAGCUAAAACGCCACCUCAGGCACUGGACUUUGACUACUGA